UAAUUUACAGCUCCGUCAAGAGCGAGCUUUCCUGGCGCAAUUCACAUUUCGACGGCUUCUGCGGGUCAGUGCUUAUUAUUUUGAGGGAAAAUAACGAAAAGGAAGGUUGUGAAACAUUAUCAGCUUUGCCCUUUUCGCGGUAAUACUGUUUAGAUUUUUUUGGGCAAGUCGUUUCGGAGUUAUUGCCGUUUAUUCCUGAAUGUGUGAGGAAUAUCGAAAACAAAACUAACUUUUACGUGUCUAGUUUCAGCUUAACAAGGACUGGUUUGGAUUGGAAUGGAUUUCGAUGUAUUAGACAUUUUUCGCCACAGCUUUUCUGUUAAGAAGUCGCCAACAACAAUGAUUUACAUUGCGGAACUAACGUUACUCACGGAAUUCAGAAGAGGAGCAAAAUAGAUUUAGCUGGGUGAAACCAGAUGAAGCCCCCCAGCACCGUAAUACCUCUAUCUAACAAGCAAUCAGUCGAUGGAUGGAUCAGUUUUUUUCAAAAUGGAACCUCUAGUGAUAUGGAAGAGAAGACGAGACAAGAUGAGGCACCAUCUCCAACGCUCUCUCUCCUGUCUGUAAAGAGUGAUCAGUCAAUGGGUAGACCCAUUGCAUUCAACAGUGCAGCAAAAAGUUACAUGGGAGAGAAGGCAAGACCAGAUGAAGCACCAUCUCCAGCACUCUCACACCUGUCUAUGAAAAGUGAUCAGUCAAUGGGUCGGCCAAUUGCGUUCAGCAAUGAACUUCCUAGUUACAUUGGUCUGAGACCAGAUGAAGCACCAUCUCCAGCACUCUCACACCUGUCCAUGAAAAGUGAUCAGUCAAUGGGUCGGCCAAUUGCAUUCAGCAAUGAACUCCCUAGUUACAUUGGUCCAAGACCAGCUGAGGCACCAUCUCCUGCAACUUCAUACUUCUCUUUAAAAAGCAACCAAUUAAUGGAUCAACCGAUUGCAUUCAAAGACAGAACUCAGCCUUACAGUCUUAAACGUCUGAGACCAGAUGAAGCACCAACUCCAUCCCUCUCACUCCUGUCUGUAAAGAGUGAUCAGUCAAUGGAUAGACCAAUUGGAUUUAACAGUGGAGCGCAAAGUUACAUGGGAGAGAACACACUUUCAGAGGAUCACUACAAGUGCCCAGUGUGCACAGAGGUCUUGAAGGAUCCAGUUUCCAUGCCUUGUGGACACAGUUACUGCAAACACUGCAUUGAGAUCUACUGGAGCAAACCUACUCAAGCUGGAGGUUACGCUUGUCCUCAGUGCAGAAAGAGGUUCAGAGAUCGUCCUGUGUUGAGUGUAAAUGUUGCUUUGUCUAAACUGAUUGAGGAACUCCAAAAGGCAGGAUUUAGUCCUGCUCUUCCUGCUCACUGUUUCCCUGGACCUGAAGAUGUGCCCUGUGAUAUCUGCACAGAGAUGAAGCUCAAAGCUGUUAAAUCCUGUUUGACCUGCACUGUGUCUUACUGUGAGAUCCAUGUCAGACAACACUACACAGUACCAGCACUGCAGAGACACAACCUGGUGGAGGCUAUUAAUUUAUCACAUAAAGAUCAGAGGGAAUCACAAGAUGAAAAAUUAACUGCAAGAGUGACCAAACUGGAAGCGAUCUUGAAAGAACAGACAAAACGUUUGUGUAGAAGAUUUGAAGUUCAUUUCAGUGAUUUUCCCUUAGAUGUGAUUGAGAUGCCUGCUCUAGGUCGCCCUUUAAGCCUUGGAAUGUUGUACGACAUUCACAGCAAUUCUUUCUGCCAAGAUACCUUUAUGUGGGAUGAAGAUACGUUAGCUCGUAUGAAAGUAUCUUUGCCACGGCCACACACAUAUGUGAAGGUGUUGGAAAAUGACUCUCUUCAGGAAAGAUUCCUUGAAAUGUCCCCAGUGUUACAAGUUGGCACCCAGACUGGACAAAUUAAAAUUAAUGGGGCUGCAGCAUUUCUAAACCACCCAGAACAAUCUCAUAAUCAGAAAAGAGCUACACUACACUACAGAACCACCACCAGACUGGACAUGAUCAGCCACAGACUGUUACAGGAAGCAGCGCCCUCUGCAUUAGUUGGUCAAACCACAGCAACACAUGUGGUCAGCGCUGUGUACUUUGGAGGACAAGCGUUUUUGGUUUUUGAUACUGAGAGCUCGAAUCAUGACAAAAAUGCAGAAAUUGUUGAUGUUUUAAAAAAUAUGGCCUCUACCUUUUGCUCAAAUCAUAUUUCAAACUUGAGUGUCAGUGAAACAGCUAAAAGCUCAUUACUUGCUUGUAGUCUCUACAUUGAUGUGGGUAAUUGGAAGAGUCCAGUGUCUUUUGAUAAGGCUGUGGAGAUCUAUGGUUCUCUGUCGACACUGUUUGGAUCUAAAGAUGAGAGAGCAGUUUCUCUGAAGGUCUGGCUGUAUCCUCUGAAGAAACUGGAGAAGAGCUCUGUGUGUGCUGCUCUGAGUGGUGUCAGUGAAAACUUGAUAUAUAGAGCUGAAAACAUUCUAGAACAUCUGAGGAAACAGAUCAGGAUCUGUCAGGACAUGAUAACAAACUACAUCAAUGUAAAGGUGAUUUCUGAGUGGUUUCUGACUCUGGAAGAUAAACUAAUAGAGUUUUCAGAGCUUCUGCAGGAAUACCAGACAACAUUUCAGAAAGGAAUCGCAGACAUUGUUUGCAUUAAAGAAGGGAAAAGAGAAAGGAGUUUACAGGAUCUUCUAGAGAGGCACGGGCAAUCACCAUUCAGUGCAGAGUGCACAAACCAGUGGCUGGAGAAUAAAGAAACUGAACUGAAGAUUCUGAAUGACUGCAGAGUUGCAGACAUCACUGUUGUGAAAUCACAAGCAGAGUUACAGCAGGUCAUAAGUCACUCAAAGAUUACCAGAGUGAUGUGUCUCACUCUUUUCUCAACAGAUGUAGAAGAUUCCUUCCUCACUGCUCUGAGGCAGCACAUUGAAUCUGAUCACAUUAUGCAAAAUGAUUCACUCUUGUUUAGGCCUGUUAGCAUCACUGAUAAAGUGCUUAUUAAAGUACAACUGUUUAUUGCUGCAAAUGAAGAUGCAGAGCAAACCAAGUUCAUUGCUGCGUUGAUACCUGAUGAUGGGUUUCCUGAAUACUCUGUGCAGUUCUAUCAUAAUGGAAGUAUUGUGAGCAGAAAUGUGAAGCUUGGAACAAACCCAGAUUUGAUCCAAAUAUCUCACAUAAAACACACCAGUGUGUCCCUGAAACUGAAUCAACCACAAACCAAAAACAUAAAGAGAUAUACAGUGGAGUACAGGGCUUUGGGUCAUGAUGGAAGCAACAACAACACUUGGAAUCCAAUCGUUUUUGAUUCCACAAAUAUCAGAGAACCCUGUAUGAUAUCAGAUCUAAAAUCCGGCCAUCAAUAUCAGCUGAGGUAUAUAUUUUUUGAGCAGGACUGUAUGAACUUUAGUAGGAUUAUGAACUUUCAGACAGUGGUUGCAGCAGCACCUGGGCAACCCUUAGUGAAUAAGCUGGACAGAGAUACUUUCAGAGUCACAUGGUUGAGGCCUGAAACUGAUGAAGAUUGCCCAGUGCUGCAGUAUAUGGUUGAGUAUAAAGAAGCAGGACUGGAGGGCUGGUCGUCAGUAUUUACACAAAGACCUCAGUGUGAAUGUACUUUAACUGUUCCUCACAGCACCUGCUAUAGAGUCAGAGUCUUUGCUGUCUAUGAAGACAUCACCAGCAAACCUAGUGAUGAAACACCAGUACCAGUUGAUGUCUGGUCCAUAACGCUCUCAGAGAGAAAGAGCUCCAUCCUCCAAGAAGUGCUGAAACUCCAAACAGAGAAGAAACCAGUAGAGCUGAGAGACUGGACAGAUGAAGAGAGUGAAGUGAGGGGAUUCCUCCAGUGUCUGCCCUACAUCUCACAGCUCAGAUUUAUUGAACCACAGAAUAAAACAGCUGAAUCAUGGGUGAAAAGAAAGAGAUUAUUUAUACUGAAUUUGUGUCUGCAAGCUGCUGUCCACCAGAAAGAGACAAUAGAAGAAACUUUGAAGAAACUGCUGUCAUCAGUGAAUUAUGAGAGAUGUGAUUUCCUGCUGGAUCUGUGUUCACAUGUGAAGGACUAUGAGACUCAAACAGGCAGGAGUGUCCUUCCAGCAUUACAGCCAAUUUAUCAGUCAGCUCCUGCAGUCUGGACCAUAAACCUCUCAGAGAGAAAGAGCUCCAUCCUCCAAGAAGUGCUGAAACUCCAAACUGAGAAGAAACCAGUAGAGCUGAUAGACUGUACAGAUGAAGAGAGUGAAGUGAGGGGAUUCCUCCAGUGUCUGCCCUACAUCUCACAGCUCAGAUUUUGUGACAUUAUCAACAUGAACAGAGAAGCUGCUGUAAAGUUUCUGCUGAAUCUGUUUGUUUCAGCAUUAGAUUUCGAUGCAAAUACAGAAGAAAAUUACACUCAACUAUUAACAUCUGUGUGCAGCUACACAUCUUUCCCCUAUGAUGUUUAUUAUUAUUAUUCUCAUAUUGAAUAUCAGUGUGAUUUCCUGCUGGAUCUGUACUCACAUGUGAAGGACUAUGAGACUCAAACAGGCAGGAGUGUCCUUCCAGCAUUACAGCCAAUUUAUCAGUCAGCUCCUGCAGUCUGGACCAUAAAGCUCUCAGUGAGAAAGAGCUCCAUCCUCCAAGAAGUGCUGAAACUCCAAACUGAGAAGAAACCAGUAGAGCUGAUAGACUGUACAGAUGAAGAGAGUGAAGUGAGGGGAUUCCUCCAGUGUCUGCCCUACAUCUCACAGCUCAGGAAUGCUGAGCGGUUCAUCCCUUCACUAUGUAAAGUGUUUGGACCCAGAGUGAAGGCAGAUCAGGUGACUCCUCUGCUCCAGGCUUUAGACUUCACUGUCACUCUGAAUGAAAAAUUACCCAGCAGCACCUGCAGAUCUGUGGGGAGAGUUCUGGGCCAUUCACCCUCAAAACUAAACCUGACUCUGAACACAAGCGUCAUCUCUGUCAGAGGACUCAAACUGCUCUUCAAACACAUCAAACACCUGCAGAAACUGAGUGUGGAAGACAAACUGUUAGUAAAGAUGUUCAGAGCACUGAGGUCAUUGAAUGAUCCUUUUCCACUGAGCACAGAUGAGUUUUCACUGCUCACAAAAGGCUCGAAGCAAAAUCUCUCUCAUAUCCUGAGCAGCUUGACGUCUCUCCUGAAACUGUUGUCUGUUCAGUGUUUGGAUCUUACUGAGUGUAAAUCAGAGGCUCUGUCUCUAACGGCCCUGUUCGGUCUCCAGGAACCCCGGACUAUCAGGUUCUCUAAAGAGACUCUUCAGCAGUUGGUUUCGCUGGUGUAUGAAGUACAGGAUGAUGAACUGACAUGCUUUUUUCUAAAGAAGAUGUCUAAGGAUCUGACUUGCUGCUCACUAACCUGGGAAGUGAUUCAUUACCUGCUGCAACAUCAAGCUCUAAAUCUGAAGUUGGACUUUAGAAAGAGCAAAAUCACUUGUGAAAACAUCAGAGAACUUCUGCUGGUGUUAGACAGAAUCCAGCUGAAAAGGUUGAGCCCCAGCUUUACUCUGUCCAUCAUUAUGGAGAUUUAUGAGACUCGUUUUCCUCAGUAUGUGUCCAGUCUGAUGAGUUCAGCAAAAAAUUACAUCAACCUGAACGGCAGAGUGUUGGACUGUGUUCACUGCGCUGCCCUGCGCUUCACCCUAGAGCACUGUAACACUGUCAAACUCAAUCUGCUCUGGACCUCCAUACCAGAGAAGGAGCUGGAAAGCUUUCUGCCAUUGCUCAGCAGAGUCACACAACUCAGGUUUACUGAUUUAACUGUUUAUGUGUUAAUGGACUUAAACUAGAUAGAUCUGGCUGUUGUUU